AUGGAACACAGUAAUGACGUUCAAAGUGAGGAAAAGACUGCACCAAUCGUUGUGUGCACCUCACAAAGAGACGUGUCAUUAGAUAUUAAUAAAUAUUCGUCACUGACCAAAUUACUACACGUUGUUUCAUACUUAUUACGAUACAAAAAUAAUGCGUUAUCGAAGCGGAAUAAUACCUCUCGGAUUAUCGGACCACUGAAUGUAAACGAGGUUGCAUCGGCGACCAAAACUGUUAUGAAAAUUACACAACAAGCACAUUUUUCUAGAGAAAUUGAAGAGUUAAAAAAUAAUCGUAAUGUGUCGGUAAAAACACGGCCAAAAAAUGUGUCGCCAGUUAUGGGUAAUUUGCCCACGUUCAGAGUCAACCGCCCAAGUAAGUGCUUUGAAAACUGUGGUGUUGAUUACGCAGGUCCAUUCAUGUUGAAAUGCAGCAACCGACGAAACGCCGCAACUCAAAAGGCAUAUAUAUGCGUAUUUGUAUGUUUUGCAACAAAGGCGGUGUAUUUAGAGUUGGUAUGUGAAUUGAGCACUGAUGCAUUUCUCGCAGCGUUAACAAGAUUUAUAUCUCGACGUGGUCUGUGCAAAAACAUAUAUUCUGAUAACGCCACAUGUUUCGUAGGCGCGAAUAACAAAUUAAGUGAUUUAAAACAAUUGAUGUCGUCCGAAAGCCAUAAGGAUCGCAAUCGCCAAGUAAUGACCAGUCACGAAAUGACAUGGCACUUCAUUCCAUCAAGAGCGCCACAUUUCGGUGGCCUGUGGUAA